GCUCAAACGCAGAUUCGUAAGGACGUGAAUAUAAGCAACAGGAUGUCUCCGGCAGCGUCGUUUGCUGAACGAUGGGCCCGCGAUAACCUGUCCAGAGAAGCCACAGUAAGCGAGCUCCAAGUAUUACGCCUCUUCCCGAUCACUUGUGACGGAGAUGAAGCAGAAGCAAGCAAGAGAGCCAGGAGAUACUACAAGGCUAGGGGACCGGGCGGAAUGACAGAGCUUUGGCAUAAGCGACGUCCUGAUGACGAGGAUAUUCUGUCUAGCUGUCAGGAUGCAUACAUAAUCCCGUUACGCGCAAGAAGCGUGGGUGGUCGUCGCAUGACGCUGGUCAGGCUACCGGCCCCAACGGCAUUGGACAGACCACUUUCGGCAAAAGCCCUGCUGUCGCGAUGGCUUAUGAUUUUAGACAUCAGGCUCCGAGAAGAUCCGACUCCUGGUGAAGAAGUAGUUUUCAUAGACGUGAGCGACCUUCAACCUUCGCACAUUAAAAAUCAUUUUAGAGGAACGUACUGGAAGGACUUCGUCUGGUGCAUGAAGUCUGCUUACCCGCUUCGGUUCGCAGAAGUUCACGUAAUUAACACGCAACGGCUCAAGACCGUCUCAUUACUGCUGCUGCAUAUCGGACUGUAUCCGUGGAGGCGUAAAGUCGUGACUAUCCACACGAAUACAGAAGAAAUAAAUCAAGCCAUGGGCAUCGAUUAUUUCCCUACAGACGGAUUGCCAUACGAGUACGGCGGGAAAGCUGGCUCUAUAAAAGAUCUGAACGAUCAAUGGACAAAAAAGUUGCUAACCAAUUCGAAAUGGCUGGAAACGGAAGAAAGAAAAUUUUACGAUACCGAAUUGAGGCCGGAACUACGGACGCGCCGCCAACGUAGCGCCAUGAGAACGUUGAGGAGUAACAUCGGCUCAUACGACAUGAUCACCAGAACCCACUCCUGCAGGUCGUUGAACCAGCGCGACGAUUUAGACGAAGGACUUCACGGGGCGUACAGAACGCUAAAAGCAAAAACGGACAGGCCAGGGAAGAGUAAAUCAUGAUUAGCUUGUAAAUUGUAUUAAAUAUUGUUCGCUUUUAUACGAUAAGAUUUAUAAAAUAAAGAUGAUUUGAUUCUAAAAUUGAUUUAGAGGAGUUACUUUGAAAUUGACGUGUACAAUAUAAU